GUUUUUUUCCGGGGAAAAAAGGAUUAGAUUUGGAGAAGUUAGAGCCAUGUAUACGUCAGAGAAUUUCCAGAGGAAUAGAUACCAUUAUAGCCCAAGACAGAUCAGUAUAAAGUCUAAAACGAGUGAAUCUAAGGCUAUGUGUCCAUUGACGGCGAUGAAUCAGGAUCUACAUCCAUGGGGAAAUGAUAAAAAUCAAAAUUAUCGUAAAACACUACCACCCAUUUUUGAUCAUGUUAGAUCAAGUUAUAUGGGACCAGAUAAGGUCCAUAUGACAGAGAAAUCCCAGCAAAAUGCUUAUAGAGAGUCAUAUGUUAAUAGACUUCGCAGAGCAAGUGCGACAGUUUGGUGUGAACAUGGUACUCAGUUACCGGUAGAUGUAAAAAUGACGAAACCAAAGGGGCUUGGUUCUAGAAAGGGAUUUGCGAUUAAGUCUCUUGUUUUUCCUCAUGCAUCAAUAGCGCAAUUUUCUAAGCCGAUGGCACAACACGCGCGUUCAACAAAUGAUGCAGCACCGCAACAUACUAUGCUUAUUUCAAGGUUAUCAGCAACAGAAACAUGUUUAGAUGAAGAGCAGUGUUAUGAUGAUCCUUAUUUUACAUCAGUUCCUGCUGAUAAAUCUUAUCUAUCUGAAAAAUCAUAUCGAUUUAUGCAUCAAUCUUUAGAGCCUAUGGAAUCUCUAAAAGAGGAUUUGGAAGAGUCUACGGAGGAGAACUUGGAAGAGCAAAUGGAAGAGCAAUUAGAAGAACGCUUGGAACAACGAAUGGAACAGAGAAUGGAACAGCGAAUGGGGCAACAAAUGGGCCAGCAAAUGGGACAGCAAAUGGAACACUAUAUGAAAUCCUUGGAAAAUGAUAUUCAGUACGAAACUGACAUUAAAAACUCUCAUUUUCGUUCUGAUUCUAUUAAAAGCGUCGUCGAAAGCUCUAAUUAUAGUCAUGCUGCCUUUCCUUCUUCUAUGGGUGUUUCUAAAAAUUCUAUCUUUUCAAAACAUGUCAAUGAAUUCACUGAUAAUACCAUGAACACCUCUUUACCUUCUCACAAUUCAUUAUACACUCAUGCUGACGAAUCUUAUUCAUCUUUUAAAAAUUAUUAUCCCGCACCUACUCGAAAACUAUAUAUUGUCAAUCUAACAAAACAUGAUAUUUUCUCUGAUGAUGAAGUAUAGUUUUUUUUUGUAUUUUUUAUCUAAAUACUUGUGUAAACUUUA